AUGGUCGUAGGCAUCAAGAACGGGUCCACCAACACCGACACAGAUUGCAAGGAGUUUCGGACGAAGUUUCCCAUCAAGGCCCUUUGCCUGGAAAUAGGCUGCAGCAAGUGCACCAGCUUUGACCGUGGGGCUGGAGAGUGCGUCUACUUCACCAAUCCGUUGCUUGCCCAGAUCAGUACCGCCUGCCUCGCGAGCGACGCCAAGCCCAUCGACGGCCCCAGUGAGGGAGCCAGCCCAAUCUAUCUCCCGUGCUACAACUUCCACACCAACGUCUUCAUCUCCAAGAUUUGCCAAGAUCAUGCUUGCCAGAUAUGCGCCAACGCCAGCCACGGUAAAGGCAACUGUCUCCGCUUCACGUGGCCCGUGGACGCGACCAUCGGCUGUGUCAUUGCGGCCUGA